AUGCAUGUACAUAAGACAUCAGGGCUGAUUAUCAAUUCGUCUAUUGUAUGUCCAGAUAUGGCGUAUGUUGUCGCUUCGGAACAAGCAUAUAUCACCAAUUUAUGUGCCAACGUUGAAUUAGAUGUCGAAAUUUAUGACUUAGCCAUUGUUGAGUCUAAUACUUCAUGGUUAUGUCCACAGAUAACAGUUGCAACUGCAACUAAUGUAAAUAAUACGUUAUCGUUUUGUGCACUGAAUUCGAUGAUUGUUAAUGUUAUCAAUUCAACUUUCGUAUAUAAUUCGACACAACCGUGUCCUUCAAACUUCAGUAUAACUGCAAGUAAUGGUAGCAAUGUUUUUAAUGUUUGUUCAAGUAUGAAUACGAAUAUUUAUGCUAAAAAUUCGACGGUAUUGACAGAUGAGUUUCGAUGCUCUUCAGUUGUGAAUGUUACUGCCACUGAUCUAGCACUAGUCUAUGUUUGUGCUACAAGCGCAAUUUAUGCGGUCGCAUCAUUUAAUGCAACAAUAUACUAUAAAGGACCGUUAGCAAGCAACUCUUCUAUCAAUGGAAGUGAAAUUAAACCGUGGGUGUGA